AUGAGCUUCUGGAAGCCCAGGAACAGCCCUUGCCCUCCUCAAGGAGUCCACAGCAUUGUUGGAAAGAAGGGGGUGUCUUCGAAUGUGCCUGAAAGGGGGCAUGUCUCUGACAUGAGUCAGCAAGUGUGGAUCCUUCAAGGUGACAUUCUUGUGGCAGUUCCACGGAAAGCUGACGUGGCUUCAGUAACUGUCACUGUCCUCCCAUGCAAGUUUCCUGAGUCUCUUGAGCAAGACAAAGGGAUUCCCAUUUACUUGGGAAUACAGCAACCAGAAAUGUGUCUCUCUUGUGAGGACAUCGAAGGGCAGCCCACACUAAAACUCAAGGCAGAGAAGAUUCUAGAUCUGUACAACCAACCGGGGCCUGUGAAACCCUUCCUCUUCUACCACAGAAAGACUGGCAGAACCUCCACCUUCGAAUCCGUGGCUUUCCCUGGCUGGUUCAUUGCCACCUGCACUGAAGGAGGAUCUCCACUCAUUAUCACCCAAGAACCGGGGAAAGUAUAUACCACUGACUUUGGGAUCAUAUGA